AUGCAAAGUCCGCCUUUUGACGACAGCCAGAUUGAGGAUGCCGUGGUGAGGUACAGGAAGAAAAAACCUCCAAAAAAUACAGUCUGUUGUGGUCCAGGGAAAAAGCGCUACCUCAUAUCCAUACUGUGCAUGUCCUGUCUUACGGUUGUGAUCGGUAUGCGCUCCGAAAUGCUCGGGAUUAUUACAAAUCUGAACAACACUCAUAGCGGAAAACAUGACAAUGAGCACAUCUUUGUUGAUGAGACGGACGACUCGAAGUACGGAGUAGCACAUCUGCCAAAGUCCAUCUUUAUUCAGGGUGCUGUUGUGAACUUUCCCACCGUUCAAGAAGUUGAUCACAUCGGCCCAGAAAAGGGGUCUCUUAUCUUCAAACCAUCACACCACAGACAGUUGCCUUGGACAGCUACAAUAACAGAGGAUCUGGUGGAGAAUGCAGUUUUCUUUGCGUAUCUGGUUGCUAGUCCUAUUGGGGGCUACCUGACUGUGCGCCAUGAUUCUUCUCUACUGCUGGGUUGUUCUGUUGCAAUGACCUGUGGCCUCAACCUCUUUCUUCCGUUGGCUGAAACAAUCGGAUCAAAUAUUGACGCCAAGCUGGCUAUGAUUAUAAUACUGCGGCUUCUUCAGGGCCUAGCUGAAGGUUGCCUCAUUCCGGCUGUGUUUGGUGUUCUGCGAUACUGGAGUCCGGAAACCGAACGGUCGACUCUUGUCUCCCUGACCGUAAUUGGAGUCUCGCUAGGACCUCUGAUAGGCCUACCUGUUUGUGUCGAGAUUGAAAAAAAGUGGGGUUGGGGUGUGGUAUUCUACAUAUAUGCCAAUUUGGGUUUAAUAUGGUGCAUCUUUUGGUGGCGUCUAAUAGACGAGAAACCGCACAAGGACAGAAAUCUCUCCAAAGCCGAGCGUCGCUACCUCAGAACCAAUAUUUCACCCCAAUUACUCUUUAAUACCAACAAUGUAAAGAUUCCUUGGAUGUCCAUGUUCACCUCGAAACCCGUAAUUGCUAUAUUUUUCACGUAUGCCGCAGAUGACUGGACUUUCCAAAUCUCAUCUGUUUGCAUGCAAACUUUCUACCAACAGAGAUACGACGCAGGCGUUGAAAAGACUAUAUUUCUCCUCUCCUUCCCGUUCCUAUCGAGGUCUAUUUUUGUUCCCAUCGGUAAGAAUGAAAUGCGCUUUACACGCCACACAUAGGAGAAAGCAGUUUCUCGUAUUUACAAGCUUACCUUGAUUCUACUGGUAACUUCGUCCAUAGUCAAGAGGUUGCACUGCUGAUGUUUGUUAGGAUGCUGUUCACGCGUGCAUGCACCUUGUCUGCGAUGGCGUGCAAAUUUUAAAAGCAGAUCUAUAAGGGUAAAACACUUGUCUCUUGCAGAUAUGCAUGCAACAACGCGCUCCAGCUCACACUGUUGAUUGUUAUAAUGCCUUAAACGAAGACAUCGUAUUUAUAAAGACCCCAGUGGUAGUUUUAUUGGAGAUCGUGAUUCUACUAGCAUUUUUUAGGUGCGUGCUUGUGUGUCUACGUCUGGUUACUUUAAAACAUUGAGAACUGGAUGGGUGCUCCGAAUGUUACUUCUCAGCGAAUUAGCGGCCUGUCUGUCAACUUAUAAUACGACUAACAGGUGAUGUGAACUAUUUAACAGACAAAUAUUUGAUUAAACAAGCACAAUAACAGUCCCUUCAUACAGUCAGACAGACUCAUCAUUUCUUAGAUUUGCUCAGUCGAUAUCUUAAAUCCUUAGGAACAGACGCAGUGAGUUACUGUGUAUCGUGCGCACAUUUUACUUGCUGACUUGUUCUGUAUACCUCUCAAGAAAUAUGUUUUAUAUUAAAGGGCGUGUUACAUGAGGACUAAGAAUGGUUUCUUUAAUAAUGUUGUUAGGUUGAAAAAUUGCCAAUUCUGGGAUUACUUGACUAGACUAUUUCCAAUUUUUGCAAUUGGCCUCAAACACGUUCUGUGCCACCGAAGCAGCCAGCCGUCAGCCCAUAUGCUGUUUCAGCACCGACUCAGCCUUCUCAUCUUUUUUCUAGGUGGCUUUUUGGCUGACAUUAUUCGACUGAAAACGUCUAUAUCCUGUACAACGCUGCGCAAAGUUUUCUCGGGCAUUGGCUUUGGAUUGAAAGGGAUUUUCUUCGUUGUGCUUGGAUUUGCCAAGGACGAAGUGCACGCUACUAUCAUCUUGUCCCUGGCAUUGGGUAAGUAUGCAGUGAUUUAACUUAAUCCUCUUCUAAAAAUUACAAGAAACUGCAUUGUCUGAGGCUGUAAAAGUUACCGCUCUCAACGGUAUUUGCUGCAUUUAACCUUAUUAACAUAGAUAACGAUGAGAGGGGUACCAGCGUCAGUCCAAAGGGUACAGUUGAAUCUGUCAGGUAAUGAUAACGCUAAUUUCGAUUUUAGACCCGGACUUGCCUUAGCAGUUGUUAUGACUAAAAUAUGCGCUAAAAGCUACUUGGUGAAGUGUUCGAAUACUCAAGGGUUUUAGUAUUUUGACGUACACCUGUUGAUCCACCAAGUGGCAUCUGUUCGCUCACUAUGAAUCCACGUUUUAAAUAAGGGGGCUUCGGGGAGUCAUUGGGCAAUCUAAACGCCAAAAUACAGCUUUGUAAAAAAUGGCUUUCGUCACACUGAGCAAAAACCACAGUAGCAGCUAGUGUUGCGGCAGUGAAAGCAUAAUCAUCUCGUGAUUUGGUUAGAACUUGGAUCUGAGGUUUUUUUAUCAUUCCGUUUCAUGUCACACAUUAUUUUGCAAUUAAAAUAUACAGCAAAAUUAAUACGUUUCGUGUAUAAAUAUAGCAUUCCUGGUAAACGCUUAUGCUUUUUCCAGCGAACUUUGUUCCCCGUCAAGAAAUUACUUUCUUAGCAGACUCACUCCAGCCUGGUGCGUAAAACUCUCCUAAGUACAUCGAAGAAUUCAAGAUUACCUAGGAGUAGAGCUACCCGGAUCUAAUUGAGAAAUGGAAUAUACUCCUCGGUCGUUGCUUUGGAGUUCAAAGCCUGAACAACCAGCUAAAUGAAGAGAGUCUGAAUACUCCGUAUUGUCACCAAGAGGUCGUGGGUGCAUGCCUAAUCUGUAGAACUCCUAGCCCAAUGGCUAGAUUGGCGACAAGACGCGACCGUUGAUCUAAGGUGCGUCCAGCCUGGGGUUGUAUUUUGACUAGCUGACAAUGGUGCCUGCAUGAAAAAUGUCAUUUCAAGCUUCCCUGUCGUUCUCUGCGCUCCCUCUUCUAGGACCAUGACGUUAGGAACCAGCUGGCAACGAAAAGUCACAGAUGCUUUUGAAAAAAAUAAAUCUACAUUGUUUUGAAUGGAGUUGGACAGUGUUAAGCGUUCAGCAGCAUACGGUUUCUCAGGAAAUGUCUGUGAGACGUCCUGUUCAGGUAUAAAUGCGUAGCAAAAUAUUGGGGAAAUGUGCUUUCUGUCCAUUUUCAACAGCUGCGGACUUAGAGUAGUCUAACAACAAGUGAUUCUUACAAAUUAAUACUUGAGACAACAAAUCAGCUCAAGGAAACGUGGUUGGGUUAACGUGCAUCAUCAGACAGACUCAACUGGAAGCUUGCAUUUUAUGACUACCCAUAAUUUCGACCUGCGCGUUAGUCUUUGGAUUUCCAAUUAGUAUUGUACAACCGACUUUUAAAUCCUCGUUUUCGACUAUGUGUACCGUAUUACUCACAACAAGGUGUGUGCAGGGACAUCCAGUUGCGCGGGAAUUAGCUUAUAGUGACAGUAGACUUGUGCUGCAUCUACCGCACUCCAUCCUUUCUCACCCUCAUGAGCCCGGUGUCAGGUCAUAGCUAAGAAAACCAGAGCCUGAAUGGAAUGCAUCAGCUGAUUAAGUUAAUCUGCUUGCCUAUGCGUACCACACGCCUCUGGUCCGCGCGCAAAGGACCGGGCUAAGUACAGUAGUGGAAGAAAUAAAGGAUUUAUAGAAGAAUCAAAUUAAGUUACGCAAAAAAGUGUUGCAAAACUCUUAGCUUAUUAAAAGCGCGAUAACUAAAUAAAGGUACAACCCCUAGGGAAAAGACUAAGAAGGGCAUAAUCCGGACGUUGGGAAACUUGCAAUUGCAUUAUACGGGGUAACGCCUUUCGUGGACAGAUAAAACCCAAAGAAAACGACAACUGUUAGUUAAUAAAACGAGUUACUUGCAAAGUAGCGUCAAUUCUGGACCUCGCAAUUCUUCCUCACAAAGAAAUAAAGUUGCGUAGGCUGGAACCGCAACGCUCCGUUAGAUGAUGUUUCGAGGUACCCUGUCUUUCUUCCUUUUCCCAGCACUUGAAUUUGUUAUCUUAUAAAGGCUCCGAGUUAAAGACUCAGUAAGAGACAGCUAAAAGGCUGGAACUUGGGUGUUAGGUAAACUGACCGAUGGAGACGUCACUUGGCAAGUUGCUGGAAGAGAUUAAAGAAAGAGAGUGGGUGAAAGCUAUGCGCAUCUGACCGCGGGUUAAUAGGAAGAUGGAGCUAGAGGACACUGACGAAAUAAACUGAGUCAUUAAAGAGCGCCCUGGUAUCGACCAGUCUCAAGUUUCUCGACCAUGUGAGAGUGGAUUAGCCUCAGAGAUCUCAGACUUUGUCGUCUGGCGCGAAUUGCUUGUAUCCCUACGAAAUGAAAUAUUUACGUUCGAGUACUCAGACCACGGGACGAGGUACUGAACAUGUCCUUCUAUGUCACCUGGUUUCUGGGUAAACAGUUUUGAGUCGGGAAAUCAUCGACGCGGCGAAAAACUGGAAGUCGACUUUGCAAGACCUACUAGUGGAUUGAAUCAUUCCAAACACCACAUAGUCUUUCAAAGCCGCUCAAUGCAAUUACAAAACCGCGAAACCUCAUUUGGGCGUCGUUUGGAAAGGUCAGUCAGCUCAAUAAAACCAAGUAAAACGCCGUUUUACUGGAUUCUGAGUGGAAUGUGGAAAACAUGGUUUCUGUGAUUUUGUUUGCAACUUCCAAAUGAUAUUUUGUUCAAAUCACAAUCACGUGAGACCACUAGGUUAUAGAUCAGAUGUGCGAACACAGCAUAUACGCCCAAAUGAUGUCGUCAACAGAUCUAAGCGAAAAAGCAGGUCUACAGUAGGACCUCCAGUUUUGAGUGAAGAGAUGGCAAAUAACCAAAUCUACCCAGCUGGGCAACGUUCAGCGCUCUUUACAAUAGUCGGACUGCAACAUAAAAACAUGUCAGUAGCUUCAGGUAACAUUUUGUACUAGACUGAUCAUAUCGUACUAAAGGCUAAUUAAAGAUGUAUAGUUGUUGUCGCUACUAUUCCCAUGUCGCAUUAAAUCAUCACGCUGAUUUGAUGUGACAUGCCUGGAUGCGCGCGCCUCCUCUGACAAAGUAGCUAGAUUUGUAGGUUCUUGGGUGACUGAGUCGCAUAUUUUCGCACCUACCUACUGCUCUUUCGCAACUUGAACAUCUAACUGUCUACGAUUGUCGUACAUUUUAUAAAAAUAAAAACAUUCUCUGCCGCUGGCGGUUCAAUCGUUGCAGACGACGCGUGCCCCACGAAGAGGGCGCAGCGUCGAUGACUCGCCCAUGGACCUGUUUACAAUGGGGUAGACUUGCGUGACAGCAAACACCCUCUACCCCCCCCCCGUCCUCAAUCACCUUUUUUCCGGUGGCAAGACAACGUCAAGACGACCGAUGGUGGGCUCAAGAGCAGCGACUAACAAAUGCAGACGUCUUUGUCUGCACGUGCCAAGCGCGACCUGGCUUCCACUGCGUGUACCAGGCUACUGUUAAUGACGGCUUGAACCUCACACAAGUGAGGAUUCUGCAGCAUGGCUCUAGGGCUCGAAGAAAACCGAGUUAUCUCCUCCGUUGACAACCAUCCGGACAAUGACUCUUAGUGUGUCAGGUUUAUUAUACUGAAGUGGGGCUGGAUCCCCUCCGGUAACGGCCACGCUCUCCCAUGCAUUAGUCGAUGCCCGGGGCGACCAACCAGAUGGCGAUUGGGUUGGGCGCGGCCGCGGCGUAAAGGCUCAUGCUUAAGGCGUUCCUAUGAACUUUUUGUUACAAACAAACAGCUUUUUUAUGGCUCGAUGUUGCGGUAGCAUAUGGGUACACAAAACACUUACGCAGUGAUCCAUAUGUUGCAUGUCCAUGCAGAAGUCUAAAUUGCGUUGAAGGCCAUGAUUUCUGAAAACUGACAGCUUAACUACAUCGAUCGAUUUGAGUUUCUUAAAUCGAAUUCAGGUAUUUCUGUAUUAAAGACCCUUUCUAAAAGCUCCUGAAAGGCUUUUCUCGAACAUUGUGAUUCGAAAAGCAAUAUCUCUUAGACGCACACAAAAUAUAAGUACAAAUCUGAUAGCUUGGGGUCAAUUUACGUGUUACAAACUGCAGGCGUUCUUGAAACCUGUAGAAAUUUGACGUCGAGCUGCGGAACAUGACUUAAUAGAGCGGGCAAACCCAGGUAAUAAUUGCCUGGGUAAUUUUUAAAUCAGUCCAGUAGCCAGCGAAUUUAAAUGAGAAUUAACAAUAGCAAAUAAAUCAUCGGUCUUAUUUUUCGUUUUUUUAAUUUCCUGAGAAAUUAUCAACGAAGUUGGAGUAGUUCAGUGUCUAUAGUCUCAGACCGAGAAUUUUAUACAUGAAUAUUUGGGCCAAAGUCCAUCAGCCACAGCGAGUAACCGCGUAAUAUUCAUUAAUUGCCGACAGGCAGCUAGUAGUAUACUUUAGGGUAAGGUGACACAAUACUAACAGCACAGGUACUAGCCAAAAGCCCAUACACGCGUGUGUCGUCGAUGGUUUACUGCUGCAUGGCGCAGCUGCGAGGGAUUCGACUCGUCAGUGGGUCCCCGCGUGUUUUUCUGGUAGAUACCCCAAUUUAGAAAUUGUCACUUUUUAAUUCCCUGAGAAAUUAUCUACGAAGUUGGAGUAGUUCAGUUUAUUCAAGGUGUAUAGGCUAAGGCCAUGAGCUUUAUACACGCGUGUAUGGGCUUUUGGCCAGUACCUGUGCUGUUAGUAUGGUAUUCCCUUAUUCAAAAAUGUUAUUUUUAUUAAUUAAAAUCGAGGUGUAGUGGCACGCCUGGGUGCGGCUCCGGCCUUGCCGCCACCUGCACCCUCUCCCGCCCCCGGUCUUCUUGACUAUGUCUUGACAGCGGGUUCAGGGAGGGAUGAGAGAGUGCGGUUGAUGCUGUGCCAGUAUAUUAGCACUUCAACUAAUUCACUCGCAAGUCACCACGUCUGCCCUCACCUUGCUGUAGAGCACACGGUGAACAUUGUCGGGAAAAGCGGCUGACUUAACAAUUAGCAGCAUAGAAAUUUACGCCCAAAAGGCAUCUGUUGCUUAAGAAAGCAUAAAUUCCUGAUAUCGUUUGCCCUAAUUAUCGUAAGUUUAAGGUUAGUACUUUUGCGUAUUAUGAGAAAAAGUCCCGUAUCUGAAAUGUGUGUGACCCUAUGCUGUGCAUGCAUGCAAUUGCUUUUUAUCUCUGCCUGUUAUUUGUUCCGGUUGACAGUUUUAACAUAAUUUACUGCAUUUUCAGUGCUUGAUGUGGGCAUGAAUAAGCAGAAGACAGAAAACUGAAAUUAAUUCUUGCGGUCCUAAUGCAGCACAAAGUCUAUUCGCUAAAAUUGCUCUAAAUCGACUUGAUCUGGUUUCUGCAGAAGCCGUACUUUUUGCGAUUCUCGCCAUCGAGCCGUUGGCGAUGUUUACAGUUUGUGGCAGGAUAAAUUUUAAAUAAGCACAAUGAGGCCAAGAGGAUUGCCUAAAUGCAGUUAGGCAUCACUGCCGACGUCCAGAUUUACUGGGAAAAUAUGAUUAAAAUUCACGUUGGUCUUCUUGAGGCAGACUGAAGUCCGGAAAUCUGAACAGUACGCUGCCGGCCUCGGGGUUGUUUGCCCGCAUCGACAGUUGAAACCUCAAAGAUGAGGGAUGCUGACUGAAAAUGCCUGCAGGACAGUUCAUUUGUCCAAGGUCUGACCUCCGUUUACUAUAAGGGAACCACAGAUGGGUCUUCACUUCCCAGACUCACGGACACGUUUUCUCCUCUGCCCUGAUAAAUUCGACUACUACCUUCUCCAAAACGACCGUUAAGUUAAAAUCUGCAGUCACAAAGCAGUGAACAUGAAGUUAAACGGCUGAUACUAUAGCUCAAAUCUGUAACGUACAUUGCAGGCGUAAAACAUCUUUCUGUUUUUUUAUAAUUCGUCGUUAGUUUGCUUGUUCCCUGACAGUUUCACGCCAAAGGCGAGCACUUACAAUCGGAUCUGAGGUCAUGCGUAUGCAUUAGAGCAACCUAAGUGUUGGUAAUAUAUGUACUAGUACUCCUGACUCACAGUAAGUGCUCUCGCUACUAGAGGCCUAUUUCCUAGGGCAACAUACGUAAACAGUCUGGUAUUUUCGUAGACAAGGCGUGAGAGUCGGUAGCAGUUGAUAUUGGACUAUUUGAAGGUGCUUGUAAUCCAAAGAAACGUACGGCCGGGGGACCUUUUCUUUUUAUAUCAUCCAAUCUGCGAGAAAGUUCUUACAACACCGACAAGGAAACUGUAGGAGAAGGGGAAACGGUUACGUUGAAGGGUAUAUGGAUGCAUGGAUAACGCUUGACAAAACGGUUUCAAGAUGACCAAAAGCCUAGCCUAUUGAGAAGAUGUAAAGGCUCUAACUUACAACCCCAUUUAGGUGCACUUGACUAGAGUAUAUACUUUGUCUGUGGACCUAAAAUGCAUGCCUCCAAAGUACAAAAUAAACCCUUUCAUUAAUUUAAAGCUCACUGAUUAUCAUACCAGCACUGGAUGCAGGAAAAUCGACUGAAAUUAGAGGAUACGUUGCAAACUAAUACUGAAUAAUUUGAGAAAACUUGUACAUGGCUAGUGGGUUUCAGUGAAGAGAUGUUGAAGGUGAAUGGCUAAGAGGACGAGUAAAUACGCAUUUUAACUUUUUCGAAGAACAAAAGAUUAAAAAUCAAGGGAGUCAAGACUUUACUUGGAAUAAGCACUUGCGAAAUUCCAUUACAUAAACGUUUCGACUUAUACCUCAUUAAUGAAAUCAAAAUGAGGUUUAAAUAAAAGGACGAUGGUUGCAUAAGAGUUAGAGAUAAACAGUUUCGUCAACGGCGCAGGCAGAAAUGUUUCCGUUUCCAUAAAGAAUUGCUUAAGAUGAAUCAUACCAGGAGAUUUUCAACUGCUUACAUUAAAGGGCCAAUCUUCUUUAGAAGGAGCGAUCCACAGACCGGAAAAAGAAGAGAAACGAGAUAUGUCAAGCACAACUGACUUUCUUCGGUUUGACAUAUAGCUGGAAGGGCAAAUAACCAGGAACUUAUCCUUUUCAUCACUCUGCCCUAUUCGCUCUUCGCAUUCAAUUACAACAAAUUUGUCUGCUUCCAGCGAUUUCGGUCUGGACAGCAGAACGAUCUGACCCAAAGGGUGUCUUUCCUUUACAGUGCGUGACCGACCUCAUGAAAUGUUGGCUGAAAUUCUUAAAUGCGCUUUCGACUAGGAAGGAUUAAAAAGGUGGCGUUUUAAUAUUAAUUAUCACAAAUCAUAAUCCUAUAGUAUUUCAGACUGGCCAGGAUGUCAGCUUUUGAAUGCCCUCCUUUUUGACCUCCUACAGUAAUCGUACUUGGUAAAAAAUGACUACUUACGUAGCAUGCAUUUUUCACAAUUAUUUUGGAUGGUCUUAUAAAUUCAAAUAUAUUUUAUAGAAACCGUGCACAAAAAUGCUUUCUUUUACGUUUUUGGUAGAAAAUCACAUUUUAUUCGUAUUUUAUAUCCGAAGAAAGCGUACCUUUAGGUUUUGAAAACGGUUCCCAAUUCCCGAAUAAUUUUGAACUUGAUCGGUCGUUGCAUUAGCGUUUAGCGAUUUCAUUCUACAAGCUGCAUGCGUUCCGGUAAGGAAAAUCAUAUAUUUCUUUAUGCAUUUCGCAAGACACUACAUAGAGUUCAUGAAAUUUUGCAAUGAUUACGGGCUAUUUUGUACAGUUUAAGAAUAACAUCGGUAAACGGACACGUGUCAUGCUGUGUAUAUGGACAUCGCAAGGUCUUAAAAACCUCAUAAUUAGAAACUUUUUUAAAACCAAAACCUAACGUUCCCUCGAGCAUAAAAUAUAAAAACAAUGUGAUUUUCUAGAAAAAAAUAAAAGAAAGCAUUUUAUGUGCACGCUUUCUAUAAAAUAUAUUUGAAUUUAUAAGACCAUCCAAAAGCAAUGUGAAAAAUGCAUGUUACAUAUGUAGUCAUUUUUUACCAAGUACGAUUAUUGUGAGAGUUCAAAAAGAUAGGCACUCAAAAGCCGACAUCCUGGCGAGUUGGAAAUAUUAUAGAAUUAUGCGACAUCUUAAUAAAUAUUACAACGCCACCGGAUUAAUCCUUCCUAGUUGAAAACGCAUUUAAAAAUUUCGGCCAACACUUCCUGAGAUCGGUCUCGCACACCAUUUGCGUGCAGGAACGCAAGCUAAAAGUGACUUUGUUAGGCGCCAGACAGUAGGACAGUCCCUCCUAAGGUUGUGUUUAUCCGCUGGUCGUCCGUGCUCUGGCAGUCACUUUAAUUGGUUUAACCCUGUUGGAGCUCCGAUUUGGGAAAUUUAAAAAAAGAAUUUCUUUCGUGGAGGUAAAUUCAAGUUAAAUUCAAAUCUUCGGCAAGUAGACAGUCAAGUCUGGUCGUUCAAACUUAAAAAAGAACGCUCUCAUGAAGGAGGUCUUCAAUAAGCAAAUGCUGGAGAAUUUUGAUCGCGUCUGAUGUUAGAUGUUAUCCUGCCCAUAAGCGUCAUGUGUGGCAAACGCCUGAAAUUUUGACUAAAUGCUGAAAUGCAGAUGCGAAAAUAAAAUGCAUUUAUAAGCCCUUAGCAUACUGAUAUUAACUCGAGAAUCCUUUCCAGUAAUUUGGCCAAAUCGAGUUUGAAAUAAAACUUAUGUUAAGAAAUAGUUUUUAUGAAUAUACUGGUUUCCGAUACACAUAUAAACCAAAGAGUAUCUGUUAUAGAAAUGAAUAAAAUCCUAGUCUGAAAUUUUUAAAAUUGAAUUGUUCCCUACAUGACCAGAAUUUACGCCCAACAUUCUGAUGUAUACACUAAAUAUUAGAGCUUUAAAUCAACUCGUAAUAACUACUAACUUUUGCACGAAGGAGCCUGGAGCACUCCUGAUUCUUUUAGGAGGAUUUGCUCUCCUACAGUGGGUGAUCAGUCCGAAGAAAUGUUGGCCGAUAUUCUGAAAAGCGUUUUCGAUUAGAAUGGAUCUCUCUAGAAGGGUUUAUAAUAUUGCUCUUUAUACGGUAUGAUCCUACAGUAUUUCGGACUCUCCAUGAUUGCAGCUUUCGAAAACAUAUCUUUUAGACAUCCUUUAGAAACCACAAUAAACAAAAUAUGACUUCUUAAGUAACAUGCAUUAUCCACGCUGAUUCUCGAUGCUCUUCUAAAUUCAAAUAUAUUUUAUAGAAAACAUAUACAACAUAUGCUUUCCUUCACUCAUUUGGUAAAACCUCGCAUUGUCUUCACAUUCCAUACCCUAACAAGGUUAUGAUUUGGUUUUAAACAGUUUUUAGUUAUGGGAUUUUUACGACCGUGCAGUUUCCUUGCAUACGACAUCGCACACAUGCGUUUACUAAAUACUUUUUAUGAAAUGUACAACAAGGUCCACAUACGCCGCAAAAUUUUUUGAACUCCACAUGGUAUCUGCCUAAAGAUAUAGAGGAAUAUAUGACUUUUCUUGCGCAGAAAGCAUGUAUCUGAAAUUGCUAAUCGAUAAUGCAAUGGCUGAUAUGACUCAAGAUUAUUCGGCAAUCGGUAAACUUUUUAAAACCUAAGUAUACACUCUCUUCUGCUACAACGUAUGAAGACAAUGGGAUUUUCUUCCAAAAGAGUAAAAAAAAUCAUAUUUUGCGUACGUUUUCUUUAAAAUCUAUUUGAAUUUAUAAGACCAACCAAAGUCAAUGUGAACAAUGUAUGCUACAUAAGAAGUCAUUUUUUACCAAGUGUGGUUUACACAGGAUGGCGAAAAGAUGUGUUUUAAAAAGCCACCAUCCUGUCGAGUCCGAAGUGCUAUAGGAUAAUGCCGCAUGAUGAUCAAGAUUACGACCCUAUCUAAAAAUCCUUCCUAAUUAAAAUCACAUUUCAGAAUUUCGGUCAACAGUUCAUGAGAUUGGUUAUUCACUGUACCUAAGCAGUAUAACAAUGAAUUUGCAACUAUUAUGGUGGCCACAAAAAUUGAUGGGAAAGGUACAAACUUGAAGAUUGCUUAUUUCUGGAGUUUUAUUUACACAGGGCUCACGAAGGUUCUCAAUAAUAACUAUCUCGUCACAAUGUUGGUUUAUUAACAUUUAUAAUGUAAAGGCAUAAAACCAUGGGUAAGUAAUUUCAUUUGCUAAUGGAAGUCAUACUUAAGAAUUCUCUUCGAGUUUUCAGACUUUUAACCUGCAGCUUAAUCAUAAGCGGGCACAAGAGGGGGCUAUAUCGCAGUUGGUAGGUAGGCCCCGUAUUACAGGUGGCUGGUGUUUUUGUUUACUGGGGCUAUUUUGUGGGGUUCCAUAAUCACACCUGACCCAUUUGGCUUCCGUUUUACAUUUUAGGUUAGGAUUAGAGUACCAUUUAAUGGUUUCCGAUUUUCGGGUUACGGUUAGGGUUUGAGCGUACGAUUAGGUUUCAGUAUUACGGUUAGUUUUUCCAGUUAUGGCUUUGUAUAAGGGCUACGGUUCCGUUUACGAUUUUGGUUAGUGUUAGGGUUGCCAGUAAGGUUAACGGUUGACGUUUAAAGUUGAGGUUAGAGUCAGGGCUAAGGUCGCCAUUCGCUACUCCAUUCCUGGCUACCAACUGCAAUCUAGCCCAAAGGGGUGAUAAAAACAGCCCUGAAGAAUUGUACAUUAUCGUUCAGACAAGAUGAAGAAACUUAUGAGACCUUAACAAUAUGAUAAUAAUAACAAUAACAAUAACUACGACAAGAUAAAGUCACCUUUGUGGAUGAAAAUUUUGCUUAUUGAUAAUUUUUUUGACGAAAGUGUUGAUUCUUUUUUGAAGGGUUCUCAGGGCUUGCCGUCGCCGGGUAUGCCGUCAACGUCAUUGAAUUGGCCCCAAAAUUUGCGGGUCUAAUAAUGGGUUUUGCUAACAGUCUAAGCACACUGACAGGUGAGUGCUGUUGCAUUUGGACUUUUUAAAAUUCUAUCUACACUUCCAAAUUUUGAAACUUGCCGCAGCCUUACUUUGUUCAGAAUGCGUCAAAACGUUUCUUGGCAGUGACCAUAAAACGUGCUAGAAGGCGAAAUUAUUACAGUCAGCUCGUCUAGUUGUCACCUGCUACGAACAACACGGGUCGAAUUAUUUAUCAAAAAUGAACUUAUGCGCGUAAACACGGAGGAUAUUUUUAGACAGAUUUCCAGACAUAAAAGGACAACUAGGAAAGGUCAGCACUCACCGCUAGCUUUAAAUCGUAAUUAUUUGAUAUUUUUCCAUCCCGCACUAAAUAUGGCAACGCCGGAAACAGUAAAAGUUCUAUGAAAUGAAUGCAUAGAGUAAAAGGGACACACCUUCCCGUAAGAUAACUCGGAGCUAUUGGAAAUAAAGGAAAUUAGACACCAAUUUUGAACGUAACCAAUAAAAUGCUACUGCAAAUAUUCUGACCGUUCAUCAUUUUAACUGAAGCAGUCAGUUGUUGUGAAUAUUGGCCUCAGUAUUAUGUACGACACUUGUUAUCCCAAACAAUGUUAGCAUGUUUCAGAUAAAACCGAGAAUAGGAAAAAUGCGUGAAAUACAGUCAAAUUGGGCCACAUUUUAACGCAACUUAUGCGCUCAACUUUUUUCGCCAGGUUAUCUUAGGGGUGUUUGUUUUUGUAAGGUACGGUAUUAAAAAUUUUAAAUGGUUGGCCCCUCAACAAAAUCUUCCAUUUAAAAAUCUUUUACUGGUAUUCUCAAGUAAUACCCCAACAAGGGUAGUCAUGUGCUUAUUCAAUGGCAAAGACUCACUGAAGUAUUUGAAAUAAUCUCGAAAACUCGCCAGCUAUAGGCGGUCCACUUUUGUCUCGGCACAUCAGUAUGUCAAAACAGAAUUAAAUACAAAAUGUCUGCAAUGUAAAAUAUGUCUACUGUUUCCUAAAUUAGUGCGCGGCAGUGCCAAUGAUCAAAAGGGUUUCUGUUUAGACAGUACUGAAGGCACUCAAAAAUAUCCGUUAUACUGUAACAGUUACUCCGUAUAAGUAUAACAUUCCAUGGCGACAGACGUAAUUUACAAUAAACAAUGUGCGUAUGAGAUGACAAAAUAACGUCUCUCUACUAAAGAAAUCAGCAUUAAGAUUGCGUAUCUUGAUAUUUUGGUAUUUUUGCAAUGAUCUAACGCGUCUUUUUCUAGGCGACGCAAAUACUUCGUCUUAAUCUCAAUUUUCGAAUGCUCUUGGAUUUGGCAUUUCAGAAAAGCUUUCACAUCUUAAAGUUUCUUUUGAGUGACCCAUCAGCUUUACAGUGCAGCCGAAAAUCAUUAAACCAUAUUUUGCCAAUGGUACGCUACAGCUUCCGUUUAAACGGGUUUUAGGAGGUUUCUCAUCCGAUGUAGGAUGCCCUAUUCCUUUUCUAAGUGAUGACACAUUACAGCACCACCACCGCCCUAUUUAAAUACGUUGAAAUAAUAUUGCUUUGCGUUAGCGAAAAAAGCCGCUGAUGGAACUCAGUCAAAUUUGCAUUUAGUCAGACAUUUGUUUUCAAAUUUGCAACUAGAAAAACAGUUGAGUGCAGAAGAGUGUUUUGACAGGCGCUUUACAAGCUUCAAAGCCGACAAAUUUUGUCGCCGUGAGAUUAUAACUGAAGCGGAACCGACUAAGACGUGCUAGACGCGAUUGAGCACGUUUAGACUGUCAAACUUUCACUUCCUCCAUUGACUUGAACUUCCGUCUUCAGUUCUAAGGGUUGUUAUUCUGUGUUUGAGAGGGAACUGUCGAUUACGGGAAGUGUGUUAAUAAGAAUCGUAUCAGGCAUUUAUUCCGUCAUUUAACUCGCAGAUAUUUUGACUAGUAAUCCCAUGAAACAACCUGGUGCGCAUUAAUGAUGAUGCGAUUAAGCUCCGUGGAAAAAGGCAAUUGAGCUCUGCAUCGCGAUUGACCAGCGUCGUUUCUAGGAAAGUCCGAAUGAUUUAUUCUUGCGAUUCAUGGUAAGCGAGUCUUUAACACUGAUUGGAAACGUCGGCGUUAAUUACUAUAGUUAUUUUGCAUUAGUGGAAGUCGAGCGGAUAAACACAGCCGAAAUCUAAGUCACAAACGACAAUUCGUAUUUUGUGGUUUAUUCACUUUUGCUACCCUGACUGUUAUUUUAUACUACCAGGCCUGUAAAUUAGAGGAUUAGCAUUUCACAAGCCUAGUUUAUAAUUCUUUUAGUGUUGCAUAGAUGCUUGGAACACCCAUGCCAUCUCGAUCUGCUUCUUUAAAAUAUAGACAAUUUGUAGGCCGUCUCUCGGGCCGUCGUUGUCGGAAGAAGAUAAAUAAAAUUUCUGCCAACUAUUUGUCUAAAUGUAGUGGGAUAAAAAAAAUCAGGAAUAAGAAGAAUGAACAGCCUACUGUAAUUUUUAGGUUAGGUAGAAUGUGUCCGGUCAUGAUUGCGUUGACUGUAAAGCCUAAUUACCUUGUCAAAGUGGCGUGCAGAGAGGAGAAGGCACGUUAAUGUAGUCGAUUUUGAUAACAAAGUGAACUGAAAAUACCCAGAUACAAGAGGGGGGUUGAAGCGCAGAUUGGUACGUUGUCGGAGAGUAAGUAGUCAUGUAGCUUUUAUCCCUAAUGAUAAAUUGCUGUUCCCUAUCAGAAUCGCUUGCGUCAUUCAUCUCAAACACAAAGGAGUUGACCAAUGCCUAACUCCAAAUGCCGGUUGAGGAGUCAUGACAAGGCAAGUUUAGCGAGCCAGAGUAGAACUUGGAAUAGUUUUCAUUUCUGUCUACUCAGCGUUUGUGCACGCUGACUUGAUUGUGCAGGACUAGAAGUGGCCGAACGUCCUCCAUCGCAAGCACUUAUCUGAAGCACGUCUUCAUGAUUACUCGAAAGCGGUAGUGUCUCAGUGGAUACCGAACGAUCGUUAGAAUUUGGUCGCUUCACGGGCAUUUCUUGUUGACAUUUAACUUGCCGUCAUUUUUGCAUCUUUCCGAGGUACAAUAUUUCAGCUAUAAUAACCUGCUCUAAUACCACCUCGAUGACUUGCUUUGAUGAAGACGUCUGUGCUUUUCCGAUAACUGGUCCGAAAGAUUUCGGGAAAAUAUAUUUACCUGUCAAGGCUCAUCUUGAAUUAGUUUGAGCGCUGUUCUACUGGUCACUAAACCCUUUUCUCGUCAGCAUUGUUGUUGCUUUUAAAUUUUGUUUAUCUGGAAACUAAAAAAAGCACCCUCAUAAAACUUGCGCAUUAACGACAGAGUUCCUGAAGGUGAAGUUGCUCAGAGGAAUGCUUUCCUUGCUCUCAGCAGAAAGCCUGCACAUGCAUCUCAUAAUGAUCGGCGUUUUUGAUCUGAUUUCUUCGCAGGAUCAAACACUGUAUCCGUGCUGUCACUUUGCUUAAACUGUAACUCUUUUAGACAGCCGAUCACAGUCUAAGCAAGUGCCCAUGAAAGUUUCUUCGAAAAUUCUAACUGAUGCCUUAAUUAAAGAACAUUGAUUAGAUGCCCAAGUAAUUAACUGCUCCCUGCAGUGGACGGAGUAUCGAGAUUAUCCUACGGCGGGUCUAUUAAAUCAAAGUCCCAUGUUAAAACGGAACGCCACCACGCUGUCAUGCAAUUUGGAUAUAGCUGGUGGACUUACCACCCUCUGGCCUUUGAUUAGCAGACAAUUCUCUUGGCUGCCCUUCAUUUCACUGCCUGACUGCAGAGACUUUGGGAAAUACCUACCGGCUUAACCUUUUUUAUUCUCUUCCCUCCCCCGCCCACAGGGAUAUUAUCUACGGUACUUGCAACCGUUGUUGUCCACUAUCUCAACGCAGGCGUUGGAAACGGGUGGAUUUUUGCAAUGUGCCUCGCAGCUGGCAGCCAACUGUUCGCCGCCUUCUUCUUUAUCGCGUUUGCUUCAAGUCAGGAGCAGGCUUGGGCCAAAGAGGCUCCCAGUUCGCGGCAGCCCUCUUCACGCAGCCACGAGAUAGAGACUGACCUUGAGGUGCAAGCAAUGUCCAUACCUUUGGAGUAA